AUGGAUUUGGAUCAGUGGAUUUCGAAGGUGAAGGAAGGGCAGCAUCUUCUGGAAGACGAGCUCCAACUUCUCUGCGAAUAUGUAAAAGAAAUUCUGAUUGAGGAAUCCAAUGUCCAGCCCGUCAACAGUCCUGUGACUGUCUGUGGUGAUAUUCAUGGUCAGUUUCAUGAUCUUAUGAAACUUUUCCAGACUGGAGGUCAUGUUCCAGAGACAAAUUAUAUAUUUAUGGGAGACUUUGUGGACCGAGGUUAUAAUAGUCUUGAAGUUUUCACCAUUCUUUUGCUUCUUAAAGCAAGGUACCCAGCUAAUAUUACACUUCUGCGUGGAAAUCACGAGAGCAGACAACUAACUCAGGUUUAUGGGUUUUACGAUGAGUGCCAGAGGAAGUAUGGGAAUGCCAAUGCCUGGCGCUAUUGUACAGAUGUUUUUGAUUAUCUUACACUCUCAGCUAUUAUUGAUGGCACUGUGCUGUGUGUCCAUGGUGGUCUUUCUCCUGAUGUCCGAACAAUUGAUCAGAUAAGAGUAAUUGAACGGAAUUGUGAAAUUCCACAUGAAGGACCUUUCUGUGAUCUUAUGUGGAGUGAUCCUGAAGACAUUGAAACAUGGGCGGUUAGCCCCAGAGGAGCAGGUUGGCUUUUUGGGUCAAGGGUUACUUCUGAGUUUAACCACAUUAACAAUCUUGACCUCGUUUGUCGGGCACACCAAUUGGUACAAGAAGGCCUCAAAUACAUGUUUCAAGAUAAAGGCUUAGUAACUGUGUGGUCUGCGCCAAACUAUUGUUACAGAUGUGGGAAUGUGGCUUCCAUCUUGAGCUUCAAUGAGAAUAUGGAGAGAGAAGUGAAGUUUUUCACUGAAACGGAGGAGAAUAAUCAGAUGAGAGGGCCAAGGACAGGUGUUCCGUAUUUCUUAUGA